UGCUGUACAGCAGAAAUUGGCACAACACUGAAAAUCAACUCUAAUAAAAAUUAAUAAAUAAAAUCAAUCAAUUACUGAAUUAACUUUAAACAAAAGAAUAGGCAGAGCUCUUAAGCUCAGAACCAUGAGCUGUGGUCUCACUUCUGUAUGCCACACUCUCUCUGGCAUCUUGACUCUUGGAAUCCUGGCUACCUUUUUCAGUAUGAAAUCCUUUAUUUUUCUCUUUACAGUAUUAUGAGAUUUCCAAACGUUCUGCCCUUUUCUCUGCCUCUUAGCAAUGUAUACUCAGAUUUCUGUCUCUCUUCACAGGAAAAUUGGCAUUUGCCCUGAGGGGAAACGUUGCUUAGAGAAUGUUGGUUCACAGUUCUCUGAUUUCCUUCUAUCAGGGAUUCUGGGCUCUCAAAUCCUGGUUGUCUGUUAGCUGUUUGAUAGCUUCAGACAGAUUUCAAACAUAUGUUUUUAAAAAUUAGCUUUUCUGGUUAAUCUCAGUGGUAGCAUUGGCCUGCUCCAAAAUAAUAUUUCAUUAUGACUCUGGCCCCUUUGAUAAUUUCAUAGUUCUAUCUCUUUGUACCAGGACAAAGUUCUCUCCUAGGUCUCCUGAUAGCAUUCUGAGCAUAAUCUUACACAAUAAUUAUCACUCUCAAUGGUAAAGGCUAUGUACCUGCCUGUCUCUCUACUUCUAGAAGGCAGACUGCCUUAUUUUUCUUUGUAUUCCCAAUACCUGGCACAUUAUUGCUGCUGAAUAAACCCAUGUUUAAUAAAUAAUUAAAAUUGGGUGUGGGUAUAUGUCUGGGUCAAACAGGAUUUGUUUAUCUGAUAUUUCAGAGUUCAGUGUUUAGUGUUUUUAACACCAUUUUCUUUCCAUAUUUUUACCACUUUAUUCUUUUUAGAAAUUUAAAUCAUUGACCCAUCUGGAAUUUAUUUUGUUAUACAAAGUAAAAUAGAGUUAUAAUUAUGUUUUUCAGUAUUUCUUUAAUCUUAGGAGAAUAACAAUAAUUUCAAAAUUAUGGGAAAAUACUUCUAUGGAUCAACUGUAUAUCAUUUCAAAUGCUAGAAUUACAGAUAACUGACAUCAAUGUUUUUGAACUUUGUAAACCCAUAGUUAUUAAUUAAUAGAUUUAUAUUUAGCUUCUGAUAUAUUUUAGUAUUUCUAGGUAUUUAUUCCUUUUGAGGUAGUAGGUAUUAAAUUCAAACAGAUGAUAUGAAAGAAUACUAUUUGAUAUACAAACCAGAACUUUUCUUUCUUUAUUUUUAAAUUUCCAAGUUGGAAUUUAACCACUUCCUCUAUGAAGCCUUCCCGGAUUUCCUAGGGAAGAGUUAGUUAACCCCGUUUAAAAAAUUUUUUUCUUUUUAAUUUUAUGGCUGCACCUGCAACAUAUGGAAGUUCCUGGGCCAGGGAUUGAGUCCGAGCUGCCGCUGUGACGUAUGCAGCAUCUAUGACAAUGCCAGAUCCUUUAACCCGCUGUGCUGGGUUGGGAAUAGUACCUGUGCCUCCACAGCAACUUGAGCCACUGCAGAUAAAUUCUUAAGUCACCAUACCAGCGUGGGAGCUCCUAGCCAAUCAUAGUCCUUUUAACUAUGCUCAAAGGCGCUCAUAGUCCUUUGUUUGUGGCUCUUUUAUGGACCCUUUAUCAUAUAUGCAUGAUACAUACAUGAUGAAAAUUAAAAUCUUGUCCCUGUUUCCACUGCAUUUACGAUUUCCCAGUCUGGCUUUAUUUUCCUCUCUAGUGGUAAUACAAUACUUACAUACUUAUAUUCUCUGUCCCCAACACACAAACACACACACACACACACACACACACACAGAGCAGGUGUAGACUUCUUGAGAAUAAGCAUUUCUCUUUAUUUGGCUUCUUCUUGUCUCCCCAGCACUCAGAAUUGUGCCUGGCACUGAGAAUAUGUGCUUCCUAUGUUAGAUUGUGAACUCAGUGAGACAAGGCAGGUGAUGUAGUCUUAGUAUCCCUGCCCCCAACAUAGUAUCUAUUAAAGCCGGUGCUGAAUGUUUUUCUAAUAAGUGAAGAGUCAUUCUCUUGUAAAACCAAAAUGGAUUAUGUUGUUCGUAUUCGAAGACGAGCCUGUUCAUUGUAAUCUGUAGCUAUUGUUUAGCAAAUAGCUCUUAAAGCAGAAUUAGUUCACGAAAGAGUGCUACAUAAUAAAAUUUUAUUCUUUGAAUACAUAUUUACAUAUUUAUUAAACUUUAUAAACCUAUAAUAGUUAUAUAAGCAUAUAUAUUUCUCUUCUGGUCUAUUUUAGAAUCCCUAAUUAUUAUAUAGUUACUUUGUUUUAUUACAUAUGAAAGUCAUAACUGAUAUGGAAAAUACCUUGGGUACAUUUAUUGUGUACAUAACCUACAGCAGACAUUGUGUUAGGAAGAGGGGAAACAAAGAUGACCCUGUAUUCCAAAUCCUCAAUAAUCCCUAACAUUAAGUAGCAUUUUCUCUAUGCUGGGAAUUCUCAUGAGAAAUAUAUAUAUAUUUUUGAUAAUUUUAUAAGACAUAAUUUUAAUAAGACUUCCAUGAGGUAAAUACUAUGGUGCUAGUGUUUUCCCCAUUUUGCAGGUGAGGAAACUGAGGUACAGAGAGAUUGGUCAUGUAGUUUGUCAUUGGAGUCUGUGCUCAGUGUCCAGUAAAGUCUAGAGGCUAUAUGUAACCUUUUCUACAAAUGGAGCAUCUUAGAAAAAAUGUGUUUUGACUUCCCUUUGCUCCACUUGCUGUGAGCUCCAGUAUUUCAUCCUCUUUCUCAGAACUACCUUGGGUUUCAUCUUCAAAACAAGCUUCCAGAAAAAUGCUCUCUCCCCUUUUUUCCCUAUCCUUGCUUCCCCUAAGACAAGCAUUGUUAUGUUUAGGGGAUAUAGUGAUUAUUAUAUUGAAAAAUAGAGCCUCAAAAAUAAUAUGUUGGAGAUAAUGAUGAACAAAUUUCUAACAGUAGUGGUUGCUGGCAUUCAUCUAACCUUGGUUGGUUAUAAUUCAUUUUCAACAUUUGAAUAUAAGUUAUGGCACUUUCAGUAUAACCUACUUUAAAAAAACUUUGGAAGAAUAAAUAAUACUGGUUUUUAGGGGUAGGAGAGCCGGAAAAUAUAUAACAUGAUUGAUUUCCAGGUAGUUAGUCUUAAAGGAAUAGCAGAUGGUAAACAUUAGCUAUUAGAGCAGGAAAUUAUGUCUUCAACAUAUUUUUUUAGCUAAGUGAUUCUUUAGAAAUAAGUAAUUCUGGUUGGUUGAUUUUGAAAGUAUACCAUAUGUUGUUUACAUGUCUUGGCAUUUAUCCAGUUUCCCUGAAGACGAGAGUGAAAAAUGAAAAAAAAAAUAGCCUCUUACUAAUUAGAUAAUAAUGAACAUAAUGAAAACAGGUGCCAUAACUUUUUGAAUUAUGAGAAUGUAUCUUCAGAAUAAGCUCUGGGAGUAGGACCGUGGCGAGAAAAAUGUCCUGCAUAUACCUAUGAGGUGAGUAUGUAUAUGUCCUGGAGAUGUAUCCCAAGGCACAUAUUAAAAAAGUAUGACUGCUUUUUCUUAGUAUGGUAGAAAUUAGAAACACAAAUCAAAGUGAGUUUUAAAAUGCCCUUCCCACUUUACAUGAAUUACUCUACGUAAAUAUGUGCCUUAUUUGCAAUAUUGUUGUUCUCAUUAUCACCUUAGAGCAUUUCAGACGUAUUUGGCUGAUAAGCAAGAAAUAACUAAAGAUAGCCUGAUGAUUUUUUAGAAGGCCAGGAGGACACUGAAUUCAUCUUAACUAUAGAUUCCUCACUCUGAGUGACAGCAACAUCCACAGGUCCUGUCCUCUCUUUCUGGGGAAGAGUAGAUGCAGGUGAUGCAGAUUCUGUUGUUUCAGGCACAAAGGGGAGUGAUCACAGCUCUGUGUGGGGGAGGGGUGGUGCCUAGUGAGAACUGCUCUUGAUGUAAAGGACUGAGAAAUGGAAAGGAUAAUGGGGAAAUCAAGGAGUAAAAAUGACAGUUUGGGUGAUUCCUUGGGUGAAAUCCUUAUUCACAGCAAACUGAACCUUGGCCGCUGAGGGGGAAAACCUUUUCCAACCCUGUAUCCUUUCCUUCCAGAGAAAGAAAUGGACAAGUUUGAAUGCACAGGAAUGUCUCUAAAGAAAAAUGAAUGUUCAAAAUAGGAUACAAUUAGGGCAAUUAAAAUGCAUUAAUGACCAUUUAAAUAUGAAAUAAUCAUUAAUAAUCGUUAUUUUCCAAAAAUAUAACUCGUGUAUUUGAAAAUAAUAUAUAAAAUCUGCCCUCGUAUAGUAUGACCUGAUACUAGAUCUCUUCUUGCUGUUGCAAAGGCUCUUAAGUUCCACUGAUGAUUAUUUUUCUAAAUGAUUAAUGCUUAUUGUGAUUAUUCUCCGGCUAAUAUAUGUAUGCAAAAUGCGGCCUCAAGGAUUUGCUUAUGUUAGCAUAUCCCCUCCCCCAUCCUGAAACCUCAAGGCUCCAGACAGUUGAUGCCGGAGAGAGAAAAUGGAUAUGUGUGUGUGUGUGUGCGUGUGUGUGUGUGUGUGUGUGUAUCUAACCUUCAAGUUGUUACAAUGGUGAUGAUAUACAAACAAAAAAGAAAAAGACAAAGCUUUCCCCCUUGAGAACGCCAUUCUUAACAUAUUAAUAUUAUUUCAGAAAAACUUAGAGUAAGUAGAAUGCUUUAAAUUUAAGAGAGGGUAGUGUUUUAAAACAACUGUACAGAGCAUUUAAAAUUGGAAAUUUAAUAUAACUGAGAAUGCACUUUUAUUGAAGAAUUCUGUGAUCUUCCAGCCAUGUUCUAAACCAGUGAUCUCCCCAUGGCUAAAUGCAUAGAUAAUCAACAACCUGGUCUCUCAGUAAACUUGUUGGGGGAUUAAAUCCUAUAGGAAGGAGCCCAUAGCCCUGGAGAAAAACUGAGUGCAUGUUUCCCUGAGUCUUUGAAGGCUCAUCUCCGUAGUCCCACUGCUAGAAUGUGCUCUGUUGUCAUAGCAACACCAUCUCCUGCUUCAUACAGGAAAGAUUAGCUCUUACUGUGCAGAGGAGAGAAUUUAGGGGAAGUCAGACUAAUCCCUGGGUGCACUUGGAGAGAAAGGUUGGACCUCGCCUGAGGGAUGCUGUCUCUGCCAUGAUAGAAUUGGCCUGCCACAGACACUGGUAUUUAAGUUGAAGAGCAGAAUUCACAAUGAUUCUGCAGCAGAGAGCUUUAAUGGCAAUGAGACUCUGGGCCACAGUUCUGUUGCUUCAGGGGGAACACAGAGCAGGGAGAUGGGCGAUUCUAACGGUGAUGGCAAAACUGGGCUGGAGCAAGACGAGCAGCCACUGAACCUGAGUGACAGCCCCCUCUCAGCACAGCUGACUUCGGAAUACAGAAUAGAUGACCCCAACAGUAAUGGAAAAAACAAAUACAAGAAUCUUCUAAUUUCCGACCUCAAGAUGGAACGAGAAGCAAGAGAAAAUGGAAGCAAGUCCCCUGCACAUAGCUAUUCAAGCUACGACUCGGGCAAAAACGAGAGCGUAGACCGGGGUGCUGAGGACCUGUCUCUAAACAGGGGCGACGAGGAUGAAGAUGACCAUGAUGACCACGACGACUCAGAGAAAGUUAACGAGACCGAUGGCGUGGAGGCUGAGCGGCUGAAAGCUUUUAAUAUGUUUGUCAGGCUGUUUGUAGAUGAAAACUUGGACCGAAUGGUCCCAAUCUCUAAGCAGCCCAAAGAAAAGAUCCAGGCUAUCAUUGACUCAUGCAGGCGACAAUUCCCUGAGUAUCAAGAGCGUGCCCGAAAACGCAUACGUACUUACCUCAAGUCCUGCAGGCGGAUGAAAAGAAGUGGUUUUGAGAUGUCUCGACCUAUUCCUUCCCACCUUACUUCAGCAGUUGCAGAGAGUAUCUUGGCUUCCGCCUGUGAGAGUGAGAGUAGAAAUGCCGCCAAGAGGAUGCGUCUGGAUAGACAGCAGGAUGAAUCUGCUCCAGGUGACAAACAGUGUAAACCAGAGGCGGCCCAAGGCACUUACUCAACCUCAGCUGUUUCAGGCUCACAGGAGGUGCUGUAUAUCAAUGGAAAUGGUACCUACAGUUACCAUAGUUACAGAGGGCUAGGAGGGGGACUGCUAAAUCUGAAUGAUGCUUCUAGUAGUGGACCCACCGAUCUCAGCAUGAAGAGGCAGUUGGCAACCAGCUCAGGAUCCUCCAGCAGUUCGAGCUCCAGACCCCAGCUGAGUCCAACUGAAAUCAAUGCAGUGAGACAGCUCGUUGCAGGAUAUCGAGAAUCAGCUGCAUUUUUAUUGCGUUCCGCCGAUGAACUGGAAAAUCUUAUUUUGCAACAGAACUGAGUCAAAUGACGAUCCUCUUCACUGAGGUCUAAAUUUGCAGUUUCCACUAAUGACAUUUUGAUUUCCCGGCAGAGAUGCAUCUGGUUUUACUGCACAGUCUUAAGAAAAAUACUUCCAUUAUGCCACAUUGUCCUUGAUCCAUAAAGUGAUGUGUAAAGGUGCUUCAAAGGAACUCUGACCUCUGAAGUACUUGAGAUACUUUAAUGUGUCCAGCCUACUGCUUUUUAUUUCAGUGUGCCAGCAUAAAUAUCUGGGGCAAAAAAAAAAAAAAAAAAAAAAAAAGGAAAAAAAAAGGCUGCAUAUUCCUAAUUCAAGGAUAAAACAGAAGAAGCUUGUGGUAUCAAAAAUAGUUCAAGAUCCAAGUGAAAUAUUAGUGGAAUUUGCUACUGAGUUACUGGACUGAAAGCUGUAGUAUCUGGCAAAAAAAAAAAAAAAAAAAAGCCAAAAUUUCUUGUUACU